CCUCUGCGAUUUCCUCCUCUUUACGCCAUCUUGCGCAAAGUGUGGUGUUCUCUUGCGAGCUAAGGGCGCAAUCCGCCGACUCACACUUCAACCAAGGCCCAUCCGUACAGAUUUUGUACGCAGUCUUGUACUUUAGAGCACAAGGAACAUUUCUGUGUCGAAAGUUUUGUAAACCUGACCGAGAAUUUUGAAAAUGGCAUCAACCUCUGAACUCGCCUGUGUGUACAGCGCUCUCAUCCUCCACGACGACGAUGUCGCCAUUACUGGAGAGAAGAUCGAGGCCCUGAUCAAGGCAGCCCACGUGGACGUUGAGCCGUUCUGGCCGGGACUGUUCGCCAAGGCCCUGCAGGGUUCCGACAUCUCAGCCCUCCUGUCCGCUGUCGGGUCCGGCGGUGGCGGCGGCGCGGCUGCACCUGCAGCUGGGGGCGGUGCAGCUGAUGCACCUGCUGCAGCUAAAGAAGAGGAGAAGAAGAAGGAAGAAUCCGAGGAAGAAGAGAGUGAUGACGACAUGGGAUUCGGACUGUUCGACUAGAUCCAUUGUCUUCAACAUCUGUCAGAAAUGGAAAAAAAAAUGUCCAUACAUGCUUCCAACUCCUUUGUGUAUCUGACAUGAUAUUCAGUGUGACCUGGAAUGUUAUAAUAUAUUACCAAGGUUUUCUGCUUAUUCUGUGUACAUGAAGAAGUAAAAGCUGUAUGAUAACAAGAAA